AUGCUCUCACGUGUUGCUGCAGUGAAGGCACCCCGCACAGACAACCGUCGCCGCGUGACCGGAUCGAGCGGCAUGAGGAGGGAAGGAAGAGAGAGUGAGCCGCAGAGGCCCAACAUGUCCCGGCAUCACUUCUAUUCUGCGGUGCUCCUCCUUCUAAUGCUCUGCGGCAGUGGUGAAGCUGCCGCCGACGGGGACAGUAAAUCAAAUCAAGGAGCUUCGUCGGGAAAACAUUAUGUUUGGAGAGAUGUGAAAGAUGAAGAAGAAAAAUUGAGUUUGCUCCGUGUUCCCAGUCUCGUUGAAAUGGAUGGUGAAGUGUUUGCCGUUGCCGAGGCGCAUUGCACAAAGGAGGGUGAAAGUGAUUUUACUGGGAUUGCCUCGGAGCUCCUGGAGUGGACUGAUGAACAAGCAAGCAAGGAGUUGGACACAACUGAAUUGAAGACACAAGUACUGGAGGAAUGUUCUUCCGGCGAUAAAGGCGUCUGCAGCAUAGCGAAUCAGGCUGUUUCUCAAGGAGUGAAGAAUGUACAUGUGAGCCGACCAACAACAGUUGUGAAGGGGAGUGAUAUUUACAUGAUUGCUGGAAAUUACAGUUGGACACUUAAAGCUGGCGAUCAGGAUAGUGGUGCAGCUGGCUGGGGACUCAUGCUGGUGAAAGGGAACGUCAGUACUGUUGACAGUAAAAAAAGAAUACUUUGGAAUGACACUUACGUUAUCCCGUGGAAUUAUAAAGGCAACCAAAAUGAACCCCUGAAACGGCUGAUUGGCAGCGGAGGAUCGGGUCUUAAGAUGGAGGACGGUACGCUUGUGUUUCCGCUGGAAGGCACCAAAAAGAAGGAGGCCGACGCCGAAGAGGAUGGAAAGACUGUUUCACUUGUCAUAUACUCCACAGGUAAUGAGGGUUGGAAGCUGUCGAAGGGGAUGUCUGCCGAUGGCUGCGGUGUUCCCUCCGUCGUGGAGUGGGAGAAGGACAAACUCAUGAUGAUGACUGCGUGUGAUGGUGGCCGCCGCAGGGUGUACGAGUCCGGUGACAAGGGGGAGUCGUGGACGGAGGCACUCGGGACACUCUCGCGCGUGUGGGGCAACAAACACACGGGACCUGAGAAGGGCGUUGGGAGCGGGUUCACCACAGCGACGAUUGAUAAGAAAAAAGUGAUGCUCGUAACUCUGCCGGUGUAUUCUAAAGAGAAAGAGAAAGAAGAAAAAGAAAAGGGCAGUCUCCAUCUUUGGCUGACGGACAACACGCACAUUGUCGAUAUUGGGCCGGUAUCCGAUGAUGACGUUGCCGCCAGCUCCCUGCUGUACAAAAGUGGUGAAAGUGGAAGUGGCGAUAAUAAUGGGGAGAAGUUGAUUGCACUGUACGAGAAGAAGGAGAGCGGUGAUGAGGACGCAUCACUCGGUAUGGCUUCUGUGCUUCUGACUGCGCAGCUGGAGAAGGUGAAGGAGGUGCUGAAAAC